CACAGCCCUAAUCUGGUAAGGCAAUAUGCUUAAACGUAACUUUACCGCCGCCCCAUCGUGCCGCUGUCACCUCGCGCAUGUACUGUAAUAGUGGGGGACACUUGAUGUUGGUUAAAGGCGCGGUCCGCAUCCGGCGACAAGUGCUUUCUCUCCCCGCCAGCAUCACACCUCGCAACAGCGCCCCCUCCCAAAAAUAUCAAUCGGCUCAUCAUGCCUGACCUUGAAGACAUCAGCUACUCCCGUGGCAGGACCAUUGCCGCUGUAACCGACUACUACAUCUUCCUCACCCGAAUGUACCUGAAGGAAUCCCACGUGGUCUACCCCCCUGCCGACGGCUGGCCCUCCAUCGUCAACGCGGACCCGGCUGAGCUGCGCGAUCUGGGCAAGUCGGACGAGGUGCUGGCGCUGAUGGCCCACUUGCCCUACAUCCGCUACCCUUCUGACAUGGUUGGCGCCUCGGAAGACACCCCCGAGGUCACUCCGGGUAGCACUGUCGCCGACUGGUCGGACCUCAUCCCGCGUCUCUCUCCUAGCCAUGGGCCCCGGCGCGAGUCGGGCGAGGAUCUGCGGAUCCUAACGGAGGGCAGAUUUCACGACAUAUCGCCCCCACAUGUCUUCGGCCUAUUUCGUAAUCGUGACGAAGCUAUGGUGCUCGAUACCGAACUCGGUAUCGUCCACUGGCAAGACUGUCAUGGCAGGAUCCAGUUCCGUGGCGGCAGUCGCGGCAUCGAAGAUGUCGAGUGGGACUUGGACGACGAGGUUCCCGAGGAAGAGGCCGACUGGCGACGCGGCGCAAUAGCCUUUGAGAUUUCCGACUUCUUCAAGCUGCUCAAGAACCAGUUCAUCCACCUCGACUGGAUUCCCAUCAGUCCUUUCACCGUACGGGACGGUCACGACCGCGACUGGCCCCACGAAGAGGGCAUGAUGGCCAUGCUAGAAGACGUCUAUCGGGAACAUGGUUGGGCCGACUUGACCGUCUAUCGCAAGUCCGACUGCCUGAAGGCUGUGCAGAAGGCUUUGGCGGAGAAAUACCCUGAAUCGUGCUGUCAUCACAAUCCGGACGCAUGAUCCGGCGCUAGCCCAUUUUCUCUGGACGUUAGAACGUUCUUUCUUUUUUUUUUU